GCUCUUUGCCUGGGGACCCGACGUUCAGCAAAACAAGUCAAACAAACAACCCAUACGACAUCCCCUGGCACAAGAGAAUUUGCGCCGAGUUUGGAGUUUGGAGUACACCCAACUACAGACUUUCGUUUCACGCACGGCGCAAACCAUGGGCUUGGGAAUGUUUUCAUUUAUGUUUCCAGAAAUGGCCCAACAUUCACAGGUAUGGGCUAUCGCAGCUUGCACGGCAAGUUUGCCGAUGAAGGGGACAAAGCCAGUCAGGGAAAAUUGGUCGGUUUUAUGACUGAAUGACUGAAACAAAGACCAUCAGUUUGAUUACUUUGUACCCGACAAGGCGGGCGGGCUCUCGCAGGCAGGACAGUCACGUUUGAAUUAG